UUAAAGUCAUGUGCUAAAACUUAAAAAGAGGGUCACCCUAUUUUAGAAUAAUUUAGUUAAAGACAAAGCAAGAUGAUAAAAAGAGUACAUGAGGUAGGGAGGAGAAGAUAAUUGCUUUUUGCAGCUGUCUAUUUAUUCGAACUCCAACCACUACUGACACUCAAUCUUCAAAGUCUUCUUCAACUUCAACACUCUAUCACUCUAUGUGAAGAAAAGAACAACAAAGAACAAUGGUUAACAUGAAUAUGAAUAUUAACUUUGCAACUUUACUUCACAAUUUUAAAUCCAAAAAGUCAAACAUAUUGUUGACCAAUCUUUACUUUCUCAUUUUCGCAACUUUUCUUUGCACCUUCUUUUAUCUUCUUGGUCUAUGGCACCAUUACCCUUCCACCACAGUCAUCUCCGCCACCGGAUAUUCCACCGCCUCCGUCGCCGGAGCCACCACCCUAUGCUUUCACCGCAACAACACCACCACAGCCGAAUCUUCAUCCGACAAGAUCGACUUCGCCGCCGGUCACUACCUCCAUGAAUCACCUCCGACGGAGGCGCGUGGACCUCACUUCCCACCCUGCGAUCCUUCCCUGUAUGAGUACACUCCCUGCGAGGAUUCUACGAGGUCGUCGAAGUUCUCAAGAAACAGACAGGUGUAUCGAGAGAGACACUGUCCGGCGCCGAAGGAGAUUCUCCGGUGUAGAAUUCCGGCGCCGUUAGGAUACCGGUUACCGUUACGGUGGCCAGAGAGUCGUGACUCGACGUGGUAUGCGAACGUGCCGCAUAAAGAAUUAAGUGUAGAAAAGAAAAAACAGAACUGGAUCCGGUUAGAAGGGAACCGGUUUAAGUUCCCGGGUGGUGGGACCACGUUUCGACGUGGCGCAAGUGCGUACAUUGAUGAUAUUGGAAAGUUGAUUAAUCUCAAGGAUGGGUCUAUCAGAACCGCUGUCGACACUGGUUGUGGGGUUGCAAGUUGGGGAGGUUAUCUUUUGUCACGUAACAUAUUAACAGUGUCAUUUGCACCAAGAGAUACACAUGAAGCUCAGGUUCAAUUUGCUCUUGAACGAGGUGUUCCUGCAUUGAUUGGAAUUAUUGCAUCAAUAAGGCUACCUUACCCCUCAAGAGCCUUUGAUAUGGCUCAUUGCUCAAGGUGCCUCAUUCCAUGGGCCAACUAUGAUGGACUAUACUUGACUGAAGUUGAUAGAGUACUACGUCCUGGAGGAUAUUGGAUUCUGUCAGGACCACCAAUAAACUGGCAGAAACAUUGGAAAGGAUGGGAAAGGACUAAAGAGAGUCUUAAUGAUGAACAGGAAGGAAUUGAGAAUGUAGCAAAAAGUCUAUGCUGGAAAAAAUUGAUACAAAAAGAUGAUCUUGCAAUAUGGCAGAAGCCAACCAAUCAUGCUCAUUGCAAAAUCAAAAUAAAGAUGUUCAAGAGUAGACCCUUCUGUGAUGAGGCACAGGAUCCAGACAUGGCUUGGUACACUAAACUAGAUACAUGCUUGACACCACUUCCAGAGGUAAACAACAUCAAAGAAGUUGCUGGUGGGGAAUUGUCAAAGUGGCCAAAGAGACUAACUUCAAUUCCUCCAAGGAUUAGUAGUGAAAGUUUGAAAGGAAUAACUGCAGAGAUGUUCAUAGAAAAUACUGAGUUAUGGAAAAAGAGAGUGGCACACUACAAGACCCUGGAUCAUCAGCUAGCAGAGAGUGGAAGAUAUAGAAAUCUGCUUGAUAUGAAUUCUUACUUGGGUGGCUUUGCAGCUGCACUAAUUGAUGAUCCUGUGUGGGUCAUGAAUGUUGUCCCAGUUGAGGCUGAAAUCAACACCCUUGGUGUCAUAUAUGAACGUGGAUUGAUUGGAACCUAUCAAAAUUGGUGUGAAGCUAUGUCCACUUACCCACGAACUUAUGACUUUUUACAUGGUGAUUCAGUUUUUAGCCUCUACCAGAACAGAUGUAGUAUGGAGAACAUUCUUCUAGAGAUGGAUCGGAUUUUGCGGCCACAAGGUAGCAUAAUUUUGCGCGAUGAUGUGGAUGUGUUGACAAAGGUGAAGAGCAUUGCAGAUGAAAUGCAGUGGGAUGCCAGAAUUACAGACCAUGAAUAUGGACCUUAUCAAAGAGAAAAGAUACUAGUAGCAGUCAAGCAAUACUGGACAGCUCCACAAACAGAACAAAACUAACACAGCAAGUGCUAAUUUGUUUAUAUUUUUGUCCAAAUUUUCAUAGGAAUUCAAUUCUUGCAACAAACCCCAAUUUUUGUAGUUGGUGCUUAUAACUUAUAAGUUAAAUUUUCACGGCUUAUUAACAUUUUGAGGCUUUAAAAUUUUGGUUUAAUAUUAAAGGAAAGUUUGUAAAUUA